UAACACAUUCAUCACAAUUACAGCUAAUUUUGUGAUUUAUUGAACACUCAAAACAUGUGAAUGUGUUUAUAGUGAACGUCAAAAAGUUGUCAACAAAUUAUAGCAAUAAUUAUUAUUGUUUUGGUUUUUGAAUGCAUUUCAACACAAAAGGCACACAAUUUGGGCGUUAUUUUCAAAAUUGAUCGUCGAUUUGGUUUUCGACAUAAUUUGACCGAAAGGUUGGCCACAAAAUGACCGAAAACGAGACGAUCGCCAGUUUGGGUAAAGAGAGCACUUCUUGGUUGCCAUCGACCGCUUCGACGAGUGGUAUCAUUGGUUACACCGAUUAUCUGAAGGGUAACGAGAGUUAUGGAGAAGUCGGUAACCUAUCGUUGGCCUCGAGUUUGAAUGAUGUAUUGAGCCGUAACUGUCCGGACGGUCUGUUUCUGCCGUUUUGGCCGCAUUAUGACAGCACAGGACUCAUCAUAUUUCACGGUAUCGUAUACUUCGUGGCCCUCAUCUAUAUCUUUGUCGGCGUCGCUAUCAUUGCGGACCGAUUUAUGGCAGCCAUAGAACAGAUCACAUCUCAAGAACAGGACGUAAUCGUCCGAAAGCCGAACGGAGAGAAGGAGAUAAUAUCGGUCAGGAUUUGGAACGAAACGGUCUCUAAUCUAACUCUCAUGGCUUUGGGCUCUUCGGCGCCGGAGAUACUGUUGUCAGUGAUCGAGAUCUGCGCCAAUGGCUUCAGAGCGGGUGAUUUGGGUCCGGGAACUAUUGUGGGUUCGGCCGCCUUCAACAUGUUUGUCAUAAUCGCGAUCUGCGUUUGGGUCGUUCCCACCAAUGCUCCCAAAAAGAUCAAACACUUGCGUGUGUUCUGCAUAACAAUGGUCUUCUCGGUGUUCGCCUACAUCUGGUUGCUAUAUAUCCUCGUUUGGUCGACACCCGGUGUUAUCGAAGUCUGGGAGGCGUUCCUCACAUUCCUCUUCUUCCCGAUCACUGUGUUGUUGGCAUUCAUUGCCGACAAACGGCUUCUCAUAUAUAAGUAUUUGGACAAAAGGUAUCGCAUGAAAAGGGGUCGUCGAGUGGUCUACGCGGGCGCCGACCCCUCCGAGACUGACAACUUGGAGUUGACUUCAGUGGACGCCAAUGGAGUCAAAAUCAAAGUGAAUGAUGUGGAGCUCAAGGGAGACGUUAAGUAUAUCGAUGCCAGUGAUGACGAUCUCCAACAGAUUGAAGACCAUAGGGAAGAGAUUGUCGACAUUUUGCGCCGAUUCAAGUCUAAUAAUCCCAACGCUUCUAAUGAAGAAUUGGUCGAAAUGGCGACCAAAGAGUUGCAGAAGAAUCAGCCAAAAAGCAAAGCCUAUUAUCGCAUACAAGCGGCGCGAAGAAUAAUGGGAAACGUUGGCGAAAAAGUGAAGGACCACUUCAUUAAGUCGAUUAACGAAGACUUCGACACUUCCGAUGACGAGAAAGACGACAAAAUUAAGAUCUUCUUUAAUCCCAAAGAGUAUACAGUACUCGAAAAUAUUGGUGUAUUUCAGUUAACUGUGAGCCGUUCGGGUGAUAUCGAGUCCACUAUUCUUGUCGACUAUAACACUGAAGACGGAUCGGCUAAAUGUGGCUCCGAUUACGAGGCUGUGAACGGGUUGUUAUCGUUCGGUCCCGGAGAACAACACCAACAGAUCUCCAUUAAGAUCAUUAAUGACGACAUCUUCGAAGAGGACGAGUAUUUCUACGUUAGGCUCUCAGAGGCCCGAUAUAUGGCACCGGUUGCUGAUGAGAGCGUUCGGCCCAAUAUAGUAAUCACUGAAGCGGAGGCCAAAGUGACCAUUUUGGACGACGACCACAGCGGUGUCUUCUCCUUCACGAACAAUAUGAUACAAAUACCCGAAAGUGUCGGUCACUACCACUUAAGAGUAUCGCGUUUUUGUGGAGCGAGAGGUCAUAUAACGCUUCCUUAUAAGUUGAGCGCCGGAACUGCGAAACCAGGCGUUGAUUUCCAGAUGAUUGACUCGAAGAUUGAAUUUGCAGACAACGAAACUCAUAAGGAUAUCAUUCUUAAUAUCCUUAAUACCGAUAACUACGAGAAGAAUGUGUCGUUCUAUGUGGAGAUCGGAGAACCCUAUCGUAAUGAGUACCACAAGAGUUUUGGCGAAGAUAAGGGGGCGCCACGACUCGGAGAACUCGUCAAAUGCACGGUUAGAGUCCGCGAGAGUCGAGACUUUAGGGCGACAGUCGAUAAGUUGAUGCGACAGAAGAAGACUAUUUCGGCGAUCAGUACGUCUUCAUGGGAGGGACAGUUCAUCGAAGCGGUGAGAGUGCCGUCUCUCGCCUCACAACCCGAUGCCGGAGACGAAGGCGAUGUCCAAGUGGUUAAGAAGAGAUCCAUUUUCGCUUAUAUUCUCCAUUAUUUGACUCUAUUCUGGAAAAUACUUUUCGCUUGCGUUCCGCCGCCGAACCUGUGGAACGGUUGGGCGUGUUUUGUGGUCUCUAUUAUAAUGAUUGGCUUAUUAACGGCUGUCAUUAACGACUUGGCCUCGCAUUUCGGCUGUACUAUUGGUUUGAAAGACUCGGUGACCGCCAUAUCGCUGGUCGCUUUGGGGACAUCAGUUCCCGACACGUUUGCCUCCAAAAUAGCGGCACUGAACGACAAAUACGCGGACUCUUCGAUCGGAAACGUGACGGGAAGUAAUGCCGUGAAUGUAUUCCUGGGAAUAGGGAUCGCGUGGACGAUAGCGGCGGUGUAUCACGCAUUCAAGGGAACGCCGGGAGGGUUUGAAGUGUCUCCGGGAAGUCUCAGCUUUUCUGUCACACUCUUCUGCAUAUCGGCCUUCGUUUGCGCCGCAGUUUUACUCGCGAGGCGGACACCGGCUGUGGGCGGAGAGUUAGGCGGUCCUAUGAUUUAUAAAUUGCCGACAACUAUACUCUUUGUCUCUCUUUGGAUCAUAUAUGUUGUGGUGUCGAGUCUUGAAGCCUAUGGUAUUAUUGAUGGCUUUUAGUUUGUUUGUUAUACUUAUGGUGAGCGGUAAGUGUUGAAGCACUGGAGUUGGAAACGGGUUACGAAAAGGUUGCCAAAUGUUAUACAUUUAGUUUUUUACAAUAUUAUGUAUUUCUUAAUAUACUGUUGGGAACCGAAGCUUACCUUCAAAUACAUUCCGAUUGAAAUAAAUGUCUCAAAUGUUGAGAUAAUCCUAUAUUUUAACAUAAAUUAUAUAUAUUUUUAUGAUUAGAAACGAACUUAUAUUUUAAAGGGAAAAGUGUUUAUGUUUUCUCAUACUUUGAUUACUUUAGUCGACAAGAAAUAAUGUUUAAACACAAUAUUUAAAUUUAAUAUAACUCAUUACAAACACAUUUCAUUAUAAUUUAUACUAAUUUAAAAACUAUUGCAUUUGUUUAGCUGAAAAUAAUGAUAACUUAUUUCAAUUUAUUGUUAGUCUUGAAUACCGUAUUAGAGUUACUCAUGAGAUUAGAUCCAAAGUAGAUCAACAAUUUGUUUCAUUGUAUUCAUUCAUUUCACACAAUAUUAUGUUUAAUUAAUUUAUAAAUAAUAAUCCGUUUUUGUACUGAAAAUGAAAGCUUUAAUCAAAACUUAUUAUUUUGUAACACAAUUUCAUUAUAGUUUGUAAUGAAUGUUAAAACAAAUACAAUAUUAACAUUCAAUAGACCGGUCGAUAAGUUAAUUCAAAUGGCAUAAUAAAAGUGGUAUAAAAAGUGAUUCAAUUAUUAUAUUGUCUUUCAAUUGGUUUCCUAUUAAGUAGUCAUUUAUUAUGAAUAAUUCCUAAUUAUCUUUAAAUAAUGAAUUCAUUACUAUUUACUAUCCAUUACUUCAUCCAAAUUGGGGUUCAAUUCAAUGGUUUAUUGCAAUCACUUAACACUUAACGCAUAUUUCGUUCAAACAAUUUGUAUUCAAUUAUAAAUCAAUAAAAAACAAUAUUUUGUUACAAUAA